AUGAUUGCGGAUCUGAAAGAACUUAUUGUUAGCAAGCUCACAAAGCUACAGGACGGCCCCGAGGUGGCCGCCGCAAGCGCCCCCGCCGCCGCCGCGCCGGACGCCGGGGCCGCCCCUGGGGCCGGCGGGGACCCCGAGGCGGCGCCGGCCGCCGCGUCGGGCGGCGGAGCGCAGGGCCUGGCGGCCGAACCUGCGCUGGUUGCGGGGCCGGAGGCGGAGGCGGGCGGCUACAGCCUCUGCAUGAUUAAGGGCGACUUCCUCGCUACCUACAAUUACGAGCUGGACCUGUCGGCCCUGGGCAGGGUGAAGCUGCGGGACCUGAUACUGGAUGUGUUUGGAUCAGAUGUGGAGCUGCGGUGGCGGCUGGAGGAAGAAAUGAACACCCGCCGCGCCAUCUUGUUGGGCCCCGCCCCCGCCGGCGCCGCCGCUGCCGCCGCCGCCGCCUCCGCUGUCGCACAGGCAGCCAAUGGCAGCGGCGGCGGCGCGGCGGAGCCUGACGCGGCGGGCGACGACUCCGCGCUGCUUGCCGCGCUUGAGGAUGGCGGCGAUGGCGAGGGCGAGGGCGCGCCGGGCGGUGAUCGGGCGCCGGCAGGCGCGGCGGUAAAGCAGGAGCCUGGGGAGCAGCAGCCUGGGGUGGUUGAGCGCCCCGUCAGGGCCGUGGAGGGUGUGGGGACGGGCGCGGUGAAAUCUGAGCCGCCCGCCACCGGCGAGGUGCCGGGGACUGCGGGCGGCGGCGGCGGGGCGGCGGCGGCGGCGGAGAGGGCAGGGGCCGGGGCGGGCGCGAUGCAGGUCGACUCGGGCGUGGGCGGCGGCAAUGACUAUGUGUUGGAGGGCCUCCUCCCCUCGAAGCCUGUUGCCGGGUCCACGCCCGCGGCGCACCACCCCGCCGUGCGCGCCGCUGCCGCCCGGGGCGGAAGCGGCGGCGGCGGCGCCGCCGCCGCCGCGGGGACGGUCAUGGAUCAGCUGGCCGCGGACCCAGGGGUAGCAGCUUCCAUCCAGGAAGCUGCGCGCGGCCUGGCGCUGGACUGGCGCCAGCUGGCGGCGGAAUUUGAAUCCGAGGACGCGGCGGCGGCGCGGGAGCUGUGGCAGGUGCGCAGGUUCAAGCACGCACGCGCCAUCUGUCGUUGA